AUGCACUGUUAUUACAGCACUUUCAUCACGGAUGAUGCUCGGUACCUUAUGCAACCGCUCACUUCAGAGCCUUUAGACACGAAUUCGCACGGGAAGGCGUCGUUGGAUGAAAACAAAUGUGUAGAUUUGCACGCAGACUUCCGACUACUGCAACACCACACCACCGCCAACUACCUUCGUAUUGCCCUGUUUAUGAAUUUGAGUGAGCAAAUACGCUAA